AUUUACCUGCAGGACGUGUAGAUAUAUAAACUGUUAGACGUGGAACUGGUUUUGACAAGGGGGCCAACAUUAAGACUCUUGCACAUGUGCUAACGAGAGGAUACCACAGUUUACAGCGAAUCCUCUUUAAGCGAUGGUGUACGAAACAGUUUGCGACGGCAUCGAUCUUGACUUUGUAGAGGAAACAGGAAGUGACGGAGAGGAAGAAUGGCUUCAUUCUACUCGAGUGAAGUACUUUACCAACGAACUGUCCUUUAGGGGCCGUCUCAAAAGAUUAUUUUUACGACAACCAACAACACGACUCGGAAGCCGUAUUGUUUACCUUGUGUUGAAGGUCUUUCUGUGCCUACUUUACGUCAUAAGAGUGGAGUUAGAUGAUUAUAUGAGCUAUCGGUGCUAUGGCUACAGCUGUGCGGAAACAAAUAUCACACUUCCGGUCGACAACGACAAGAUGGUGUUCUCAUCGAACGCCAUCAACUG